GUCACGGAACUGUUUCUUUCAGGAAGUUAUUGCUAGAAGUUCUUAAUUGCAAUACUAGGUAAACAUACUGGAAAGUAAUUAGUUUAUGACGGCGUCGCAGAAGGGAAAGUACUGCAGCAGAAGAGGAACAAUCGGCAAGAAAAAGAAGCUCAAAUUCUCCACAAUGUUAGCUUGCUGUUUAUUUGUACUUCUUGUUUUUUCUGGAUUCUCUACGUGUCAUGGGCAUGGCAUUGAGAACGACACUGUGUUGGGGAACAGCACUGUCACCCCGUUACUAAUUGUCUCUUUUGACGGCUUCAAGGCAGACUACUUAAAGAAGUACAGCUUUCCAAAUCUUGAGAAGUUCUUUUCUGAUGGCGUCCUUGUGGACCAUGUGGAAAAUGUCUUUAUUACCAAAACUUUCCCCAACCAUUACAGCAUAGUUACUGGCCGUUAUGCUGAAAGUCAUGGCAUUCUCUCAAGCAGUAUGUAUGAUCCGGACGCAAAUGAGACAUUUUCUUUAAGCCAUGAUUCAGACUCGUUUUGGUGGGAGCAGGCCACACCACUCUGGGUAUCCAUUCAGCAGAAAGGUUACAAGAGUGCUGCAGCCAUGUGGCCCGGGACAGACAUUAAGAUUCACAAUCUGACAGCUUCAUAUUAUUUAAAGUAUCAGCAUAAUGUGUCAUUUCAAGAGAGAGUUGGCAACCUUACAAAAUGGCUUAGCCAAGAUUUAGUGAAGUUUGCAGCACUGUACUGGGAGGAUCCAGACUACUCCGGCCACUUAUAUGGACCAGAUAAUAUAACGGAAAUGACAAAGGCACUGAAAGAAGUGGAUGAUCAUAUUGGCUACCUGAUUGACAAACUCAAACAGACGGAGCUAUGGAGCAACAUUAAUGUCAUCAUUACAAGUGAUCAUGGAAUGGUCCAGUGUUCCUCAGACAGGCUGAUACGGCUUGAUGACUGCAUUGGUCCGAAAAAUUACACCUUGGUGGAUUUGACUCCUGUUUCUGCAAUUUUACCGCUGACCAAUGUAACUUACGUCUAUAAUCUGCUGAAGAAGUGUAACCCUCAUAUGAAAGCGUACAUGAAAGAGGACAUUCCAGAUAGGCUGCAUUACAAGAACAAUAGGAGGAUCCAGCCCAUUAUCCUUGUUGCUGACGAAGGGUGGACUAUUGUUCAGAAUGGAUCACUUCCUCGGUUUUUAAUUCUCUCUCCAGUGGGCGAUCAUGGCUAUGACAACACUUUACCCAGCAUGCACCCCUUUCUGGCAGCCCAUGGCCCUGCCUUUCGCAAGGGCUACAGACUGAACAGCAUCAACACCGUGGACAUCUACUCACUAAUGUGCCAUCUGCUGAGACUGGAAGAGCAACCCAACAAUGGCACUUUUACCAACACAAAGUGUAUGCUUGCCAGCGAGUGGUGUGUUAAUCUUCCAGAAGUCAUAGGGAUAGUCAUUGGUGUCUUUAUCUUGCUGACCGCUCUAACGUGCCUGAUUGUCAUGAAGAGCAACGCGUCGCCCUCGUCUCGUGCCUUCGCACGCCUUGAGCUGCAGGACGAUGAUGAUGAUGAUCCCUUAAUUGGGUAGAAUGCAUUCAGUUUUACAUCAUUCCAUUGAAUUGCUAUUUAAACCCACCGAUCAGCACAGUACAAUCGCAAAAGCCAGGCACCUACCUGCGUUUGUGUGGUGUAACUUGGAAUUCUGCUCAAAAUGCAGGGUAUUUCAAACGUCCUGGCCCACUGCAUGAUAUAGUGUGUUAUAUGCAACGACUUUUGAAACACCUGGUAUAUAUUGGGUUAUGUGAAGGGUAGUUUAAUUUAUAUUCAUAAAUAAAACUAAUACCCUGUAGGACACCAUGUGGACAGAUGUAUCAAUUUGGAGUGAUCUUUUAAUCCAUGAAUCUAGUUAAAAAAAAAUAUAUAAAUAUAUUUUUAACACAUACUGAUUUAAUUCCAGUCAAGCAAAGAUAAUUCAGUCAAAUUUGUGAAUUUUUAAACUGCCUCUGUCAAUUGAUAUAAUCUAGGGAAUCAGAUCUUCAAAAUGAAAAUGUCUUUAUUUCUGAGGUGUUUUAGAGCUUUCAGUGCUGUAGUUGAAAUGUAUUUGUGCCCACCAGUAACCAAACAUACAUUUCAAUGUUUGCACUGCAAACAGUUUAACUUAAGUCUUACACACUUUCUUUGUGUUCAUAAUUUUACCAAUUAUGUCACAAGCCAAUGCAUUUAAAUAUCCUAGAAGAUUGUGCCAUAAGUUUAACCUAUAGUGCAUAACUAAAAUGUUCCUAGUAAAAUUGCCUGCAUUUCAGGCUUACUUUUAAAUCUGUUGCACCUUUGUCUGGAUACAUUUGUUGGUACAGUAAUUUCCGCCUUCGUGACCAGCACACUAUUUAUACCAUUGCCUAUCUGGUUGCAUUUAUGCAUGCUUGUGUGAAGUCAGGCCAGUUUUUAAGUUCUACUGUAGUGUAAAGUUAAACAUGGUUGUUUGUGGGACACUGAAGCUUUAAUCAGCAUUUGUUAGACCUAGUAAAACAAUAUUGUUAAAUGUUGGCAGAUAUUUACCCCACUGUCUGCCACCAGUUCACAACUGAUUUCAUUGCAUUGGGAGUUUUUUGUUGCAUGACUCUUGCUUGAAAACUUGGCAGAGGUAACGUAGGCUAUACAGUCUGAAAGUGACUUAUUAGGGCUGUUCCUCUCAUUGGUGUUGUAGAAUAGGAAAUGUGAAAUUGUGCAAACUUCAUAAGCAAUAAUUAUUUUGGAAAAUAUGUUUUAGAUAUAUAUUUUGGAUAGUUUUCCAAGAUGCAAUAGUUAGUGAUAACAAUAGGCCAGUUUCUCAAAAAAAAAAACCUAAAAAAAACAAAAAAUGUAUGAUGUGUGUCAGGGAAAAUUUAAAGAUUUAAAAUAAGUUAUUAAAAAAAAAAGUAAGUAUAAUAGAACUUGGAAAAUAACUGUUACUGCACUGACUUCUGCAGGGAAAACCUACAUUUCAGUUUAUUUUUGUAUUUAUUUUUGUAACUACAGCAUAAAUUGAGGCAACCAGUGUACCGUACUUGUGCUGGAUACUGGUUGCUUGUAUUUAGUGUGUUUCUAUUAAAUUAUCUGUGCUUUGUUGCAGUAGAUAUGAUAAUUAGGAUGGUCAACCUGUGGGAAAUAUGUCCUACCAUAGCAACAGCCUCAUCCCACAAAAAAUGCUGUUUUCAUUGCUACCAUCCAGAUAAAUGUUUUUAUUUCCAAGGUACAGAACAUCAUUUGUCAAUUUUUGUUCUUGAACGCCACAGCUUUAUGUGGAAUUUGGAUACGAAAGGCCUUCUGCCAUGUGGUUUAUUAUUUGCCAAAUGAGAAUAUAUCAAAAUAUGAACUUGUAUACCUUUGUGUGCAUGUACAGUUUAUAGUAAAGACAUUUUGAAAA